AUCUAUUGAUUAGUUACGUACACACACUCUAGCCGUUUGGGGCUUGAUUCUUAUUUAUAAUUUAGACACGCCAAGGAUAAACGUUUAUCUUUACGUGUUGAGCCAGUAUAGUGUGUGUGUGUGCAAGGAUUAGAAUAUCGACGCCAUUUACACACACGUGUUGGUAUAUCUGUUCGUUUCGACACACACACACGCCAACAUAAAUGGUUCCGAGUUCUAUUUUGGCCACAUAGCUUUUUAAAAAAAACGUUCAAACAGGUGAUGGCAACACCGGGCUGACGUCAAACAAAAAAAUAUGACGCAAGUUUCGUUUAAAGGUGGUUGCCCAUGACAACCGUCGAGAGUGAUAAUCAAGUUUAUUUUGUUAUUUUCAAACAACAACAAAACACCUGAAAUAUAUGUCGUCAUAUUUAAUUUCAAGUUUCAACCACCACCAAGCCAAAAAAGUGACCAGGUACAACGUCGUCACGUCCCCCUAGUCACGCGGCCAUAAGAUGUCGUGUGGGCCUCCAAAAGAAUAUUCACGGCGACCGCCAUAUUGUUUUCCAAUUGAAAAAUCAAAAGGUGGAGAGAAAAGAUCAACAUUUUAUUUCACGUAAAAUCAAGAUUUGAAAAAACGACAUGAAGAUUUCAAAAAUUCCCCCCUCCUUAUUUAAGAAUGGUAAGACGACACAAAAGAGAAAAAGGAAAAUAAAAAGUGGUGGGGAAUAUAAGAAGAAAUCGCCCCGAGGAUAUACACCUUUUCUUACGUGUGUUGCUGGCUGGCACACGGCCCGUGCAACACUUGUUAAACGACCGGGGGUCUUGGCUGCUGGCUGCUGGCUGCUGGAGGAAUAUAUAAAGAAUGAAAAGAGGGAAAUGAAAGAAGAAGAAAAACCACCAACCACCACCUGAACAGGUUUUUUUUCCUUUUAUUUUUCCUCCUUCUUUCGUUCGACAAAGACGGGAGGGGAGGAUUUGUAUUCAGUCAGUGACGGAGCCAACUUUCCAACAGUCACAAGCUCCACACCGUCUUCUCUUAUAUUCUCUCUCUACCACUGGUUUAUUUUCCAAUCUUGUGUCAGAAAAGGCAAGACAAAAACAAGAACACAAACAACCAUCAUGGCUGCGCCAACGUGGAUGGUUUUAUUCGUCUUCUCAGCUCUUCUCUGUCUACACAUUUCCGCCAACAAAGUGUCAGGUGUGCAGCACAAAGUCAAAUGCGACACGGCCGAAAUGACAGUCGAAAUGGUCCUGCCCGACACCGUCACCGACGUCUACCUGGAAGGCAUGAAAGAAUACGGCAAAGAUAUCGGUUGCCAACCGAUGAUGGAAGGCAAUACGGCUUCCUUCCGCCUAUCCAUCGCCCAAUUCUACCGCUGCGGAAUGACCAAAGUCGUCGACCAGACGAAUGGCCAUCGGGUCUACUACCACCGGAUCGUGGUCGAAAGUGAAUCACUCGAGAAGGAAUCCAUCGUCGUCAAGUGCGGAUGGAUGCCGCAUCAUCCGGAACGUCACCGAGCCAAACGUCAAGGUGAACUGUCCCCCGACUUUCAAGAAGACGAAGAGUAUGACAUCACGGUGAUCGAAGGACGGGCGCCCGAACCUAUUUUGGGCAUUGCCGUCCGCCAGAACGGCCAAUUGGUCGGCUCCGAUUUAAACGUCCAGCCGGGCACCCUCCUCCAGAUGGAAGUUUUCCUGGACCCCAACAGCACGUCGACUUACGGCCUUAGAGUCUCUUACAUGGACGUCACAGAUCGACGCACCAAAGAAGAGACCAUCAUUCUCAACGGGUGUUCGGUGGAUCCUUAUCUUUUCGAGAAUUUCAACACGGUCGAUGGCGAUACAUUGACGGCCCGAUUCAGGGCCUUUAAAUUCCCCGAGACCAAUUACGUUCUCUUCCGGGGAACUAUCGAUGUCUGUCUCGACCGUUGCUCAGGGGUCGAGUGCAGCAACGACCAGUUGGCUUUCGGUCGUAAACGACGAGCCGCUUCACCAACCACAGCAGCGGCCGGCAGCAGCAAGUUGGACCGGACUGACCGAGUCUUUGAAGUUUCUAUGACUACGCUGGUCAAAUUUGACUCUGAAACUGGACUCCAAAAAGAUGUUUUGGAAUCGGCCCAGGCCAAAGGAGUCGACACGGUGGAACAGCCCAUCCAAGCCCAGCAAUCUCAAUCGGUUCUCAACGAGUCUGAACCUUCGUUGAAAGCUACUGCUCCUCAGCAGCCCUCACACAAGACCGAUCCUCAACCGGAACCGGAGCCAGCAGCAUCCGCCGAACCUAAAAAUGCUUCGCUGGCCGUCCAGAUGAACUAUUACUGGAUUGCUGUCGCCUUAUUGGCAGGCCUACUGUACAACUAAUAAACUAAUUCAACAAUUUUUUAAAUAGGGGGACUAAAAAAAACUAAAAUUAACCCGCCUAACUCAAAUUUUUCUGUGUGUAAUAUCCGACAUGAUUUGUUUUCCCACGGAGUUGUGCAAUCUUUGUACUAUUGAGACGAUUAAAAAAUAUUAAAA